AUGGAGUCGGGUGAUGAGGAGCUGGAGAGAUGCGCUAGUGACGGGGAAGACGAGCGCAAGCGGGGAGGCUCUGUGCCAGGAAAAGCUGCGAACAUCCAGCCUGACUUUGACGAGGCUCACAACAAGCUGUGGAAACUGUACUUCGCAGAGAAUCCACGCUUCUCUGCAAAGUACUUCCGGCGUCGGUAUCGAAUGCGACGAUCGCUCUUCAUUCGCAUCAUGAAUGCUGUUGUCGCCAGAGAUUAUCAUUUUCGCCAGCUACAAGACGCAUUAGGGAACAAGGGAUGCUAG